AUGAACUCUCUGAUCUUGUUGCCGUUGUGCUUCGCUGCCUGCAUGGCCAGCGUGUUCCCUGUUGGUCUCCACAAGCAGUACGUGCACCACGAGCACCUCGUGGCACCCGUGGUCCACAAGACUGCCCACGUGGCACGCAGUCAGUACCACAGCCAGGACAACUUCGGGCAGUACAGCUACGGAUACGCCGAGCCCAACGGUGCCAAGAAGGAGACUCGUCAUGCUGACGGCACCGUUGUUGGUUCUUAUUCCGUGUUUUUACGUCCUUCUGAUGAGGACCUGGUUGUUGCGAACCCGGGUGGAAACGUUUUUAUUUUGUACUCUGACGUGUCUGCAUAUUCCUGUUUGCUUGUUCAUGUCGAGGAGGGAAACAUCGAAUGGCAUUUUGAAAUGAAAGCUCAAAAAUAUAUGCUGCAUUUGCUGUUGGAAGAGAAUCAUCGUCAUCAACAAUAA